CUAGAAGGUUGUGCCAAUUAUUGAACAAAUGGCAACAUUCACUAUAUGUGAAGCAUCUUCUUCCUCUCCAUGCAGUUCAAGUUCGACCACACGGUUAUGCAGCUACCAUGUGUUUUUGAGUUUUCGAGGAGAAGAUACACGCAAAGGAUUCACUGAUCAUUUACGCGCUGCCCUUGAAAGAAAAGGGAUCACAACUUUCAGAGAUGACAAAGACCUUGAGAGAGGGAAAAACAUUUCAGAAAAGCUAAUCAAUGCAAUAAAAGAUUCUAUGUUUGCCAUCACUAUUAUCUCACCAGACUAUGCAUCUUCCACUUGGUGUUUGGAUGAGCUUCAAAUGAUCAUGGAGUGCAGCAGCAAUAACAACCUGCAUGUUUUGCCAGUCUUCUAUGGUGUGGAUCCGUCUGAUGUAAGGCAUCAAAGAGGAAGCUUUGAGGAAGCCUUCAGAAAACAUCUAGAGAAAUUUGGUCAAAACAGUGAUAGGGUUGAAAGAUGGAGAAAUGCAAUGAAUAAAGUUGCUGGUUACUCUGGAUGGGAUUCCAAGGGCCAGCAUGAGGCAUUACUAGUUGAAAGCAUUGCUCAACACAUACAUAGAAAGCUGGUUCCUAAAUUGUCAUCUUGUACAGAGAACCUUGUUGGGAUUGAGUCAAAGGUGGAGGAAGUGAACAAGCUCAUAGGUAUGGGGUUGAAUGACGUUCGCUUUAUCGGCAUAUGGGGUAUGGGUGGCAUAGGCAAGUCAACUAUUGCUAGAGCGGUCUAUGAAGCAAUCCGAUGUGAAUUUCAACUUACUUGCUUUCUAGAAAAUGUUAGAGAGAUAUCUGAGACAAAUGGUUUAGUUCACUUACAAAGACAACUUCUUUCUCAUAUGAGUAUAAGUAGGAAUGAUUUUCAUAAUUUGUAUGAUGGCAAAAAAACAAUACAAAACUCUUUCCGUAGGAAAAAGGUUCUACUUGUUCUUGAUGAUGUGAAUGAAUUAAACCAGUUGGAGAAUAUGGCUGGGAAGCAAGACUGGUUUGGUCCGGGAAGUAGAGUAAUAAUCACAACGAGAGAUAAACACUUGUUAAUGACACAUGGAGUACAUAAAACUUAUGAGGUUUGGAUGUUAUUCCAAAAUGAAGCUCUUAAUCUCUUUUGUUUGAAAGCCUUUAAAGGAGAUAAACCACAAGAAGGCUAUUUGGAUUUGUCCAAAGAAGUGGUGGACUAUACUGGUGGUCUUCCAUUGGCACUUGAGGUGUUUGGUUCCUAUCUUUAUGGAAGAAAUGUUGAUCUUUGGCAUAGUGCCAUUAAAAAAAUAAGAAGUGUGCCUCUACGUAAAAUCCAAGAUAAACUGGAAAUAAGUUAUGAGAGCUUAGAUCCAAUGGAGAAGGAUGUAUUUCUUGAUAUUGCGUGUUUCUUCAAGGGAAUGAAGAUAGAUAAAGUAAUAGAUAUAUUAGAAAAUUGUGGUUAUUUCCCCAAAAUUAUAAUUCAAGUUUUGAUUGACAGAUCUUUGAUAACUCUAGAUCGGGUCAAUAAUAAAUUGGGGAUGCAUGAUUUGCUUCAAGAAAUGGGCAGGAAUAUUGUAUUUCAGGAAUCUCCAAAUGAUCCUGGCAGAUGUAGCAGGUUAUGGUCUAAAGAGGACAUCGAUUCUGUGUUGACAAAAAAUAAGGGAACUGAAAAAAUUAGCAGUGUAGUUCUGAACUUACUUCAACCAUAUGAAGCACGCUGGAGCACUGAAGCAUUCUCAAAAACAAGUCAGCUAAAAUUGCUCAACUUAAAUGAGGUGCAACUUCCCCUUGGCCUCAGCUGCCUUCCUUGUUCGCUGAAAGUUCUUCGGUGGAGAGGAUGUCCUCUUAAGACUCUAGCGCAAACAAAUCAGCUGGAUGAAGUUGUUGACAUUAAAUUAUCUCAUAGCAAAAUCGAAAAACUUUGGCACGGAGUAUAUUUUAUGGAAAAGCUGAAGUAUCUGAAUUUGAAAUUUUCCAAGAACCUAAAGAGAUUGCCAGAUUUUUCCGGGGUUCCAAAUCUUGAAAAAUUGAUUCUUAAAGGCUGCUCAAUCCUAACUGAGGUUCAUCUAUCCCUUGUACACCACAAGAAAGUUGUUGUAGUGAGUUUAAAAAACUGCAAAAGUCUAAAAUCGCUUCCCGGGAAGUUGGAGAUGAGUUCCCUGAAGAAGUUAAUUCUGUCAGGCUGCAGUGAAUUUAAAUUCCUUCCAGAGUUUGGGGAAAAAAUGGAAAAUUUAUCAAUCCUUGCUUUAAAAGGAACAGAUAUAAGAAAACUGCCCUUAUCACUUGGAAGCCUAGUUGGACUUACUAAUUUGAACUUAAAGGACUGCAAAAGUCUUGUUUGCCUUCCGGAUACCAUUCAUGGAUUGAAUUCCCUCAUAAUUUUGAACAUUUCUGGAUGUUCAAGACUUUGUAGAUUGCCAGAUGGAUUAAAGGAAAUACAGUGUUUGAAGGAACUUCAUGCCAAUGAUACUGCUAUUGAUGAACUACCUUCCUUCAUUUUCUAUCUAGAUAAUCUUAAAGUAUUAUCAUUUGCUGGUUGCCAAGGGCCACCGGCAAUGUCAACGAACUGGUUUCCCUUCAAUUGGAUGUUUGGGGGUCAAUCAGCUUCCACUGGAUUCAGAUUACCAACUUCUUUCCUGAGCUUACAUUCUUUGAAAUAUUUAAACCUAAGUUAUUGUAAUCUUUCUGAAGAAUCGAUCCCGAAUUAUUUUCACCACCUAUCAUCUUUGAAGUCUUUGGAUCUAACUGGUAACAAUUUUGUUAUCAUACCAAGCAGCAUUUCUAAACUUUCAAGACUGAGAUUUCUUUGUCUAAAUUGGUGCGAACAGCUUCAAUUGUUGCCAGAGCUUCCAUCAAGAAUAAUGCAAUUGGAUGCAAGCAAUUGUGAUUCAUUGGAAACUCGUAAAUUUGAUCCAAUAGAGAGCUUUAUGAAGGGACGCUGUCUACCCGCGACCAGAUUUGACAUGCUUAUCCCAUUCCCAGGGGAUGAAAUUCCAUCUUGGUGUGUUUCUCAAGGAUCUGUUUCCUGGGCUAAAGUACAUAUCCCUAAUAAUUUGCCGCAAGAUGAAUGGGUAGGAUUUGCAUUGUGUUUCCAGCUAGUGAGUUAUACCUUCCCACCUGAACUGUGCAAUCAUGAGAUUGAUUGUUAUUUGUUUUCACCUAAUGGUAAGCAGCUGAUCUUGAUCAGCACCAGGAGAUUACCUCCUAUGGAUCCAUGUUAUCCUCACCUUUAUAUUCUCUACUUGUCCAUUGAACAAUUCCGCGACAAGAUUCUCCAAGAUGAUUAUUGGGAUGGCGUUGAAUUUUCAUUGAAAUGUUAUUGUUGCCAUUCAUUGCGAAUAUUCAGUAGUGGCUGCCGUUUGGUGUGCAAACAAGUUGUUGAAGUGUUUCAAGAUCAAACAGUCGUCAGUCCUUGACAAUAGCAUCAUUCAUUCUGCAACGAACAUUGAGCUUCCAGUGGCAAAAUGAGAUGAAUUUGACCAGCAAAAUGCUGCACUAGCAAACAACUUCCAUAAGCAGUAUCAGAUGUAGGCAAAAUCUUCAAUAUUCGAAACUUGUUUGAGUGGCCACUGUUUUAAAGAAGCUGGGCUUGAGGAAGAUUUUCAAGUUAUGCUACGGUGACUACAGUUUAUAUUGGUGAGAUUCAGUCAAAGAAAAUCUCUGAUACUUAGUGUGGUUUCAAUUCGAAUUUGAUGUACAAGAUUUUUUUGAUCUAUGUAUAAAUUCAUAAACCCUGUUCUUCUAAUAUUCCAUCUAUAUUUAUAGAUAAA